UGCACGGAGCUCCUCGUCACUCUGGUUGAAGAUGGCCUCGUCGUUUUGGAAAGGGAUUGUCGGUGUCGGACUCUUUGCCUUAGCUCAUGCAGCUUUCUCAGCGGCACAGCAUCGAUCAUACAUGCGACUCACAGAGAAGGAAAAUGAAACACUACCAAUCGACAUUGUAUUACAGACCCUAUUAUCGUUUGUCAUGACCUGUUACGGUAUCGUCCACAUCGCUGGAGAGUUCAAAGACAUGGACGCCUCCUCAGAGCUGAAAAACAAGACAUUCGAUACACUGAGGAAUCACCCAUCUUUUUACCUUUUCAAUCACCGGGGUCGGAUGCUAUUCAGCUCGCCAGAGGAGGAGCCCUCCUCCGUACGCAACCAGCAAGCUAUUCCCAACCCCAUACGGCUACGCAAGCUGGAGCAUUUGCACUGAGACUGGCCUUUGCUGCCUGUAACAUUAUCAACGUCAGAUAAGGUUGUUUUUUGUUUUUUGGGGUUUUUUUGUUUCUUUUCUUCUUCUUUUUUUUUGUUAGACAGAGGGGGCAAAGUGAAAAAUGAUCUUCCUCUUUAAUUUGUAUUUGUACAUAAACUAAUAUGCUGUCUGAAAACAUGCGUCUCUGUCCAUAAAAAGUGGUCACCACCAUAUUCAACACUGACUGUGCCAACCCUUCAGUUUUUCGAGCAGAUUUGUUUGUAUAUACAGUAUGUAAAUGCUUUGGAGUCUUAAGAUACAGAGACAUCUGCCAUUCUCGUCCCUUCUGAACUGAAUUGGGAUACUUGCUGUCCUUCGUACUGUAUAUCCUCUGUAUGAGGGGCAUAA